AUGACUACUUUAAAUGUCGUCCAACUAAUUUUAUUUUAUAUUUUAUACAUUCCAUCAACCACAUUUGGAGGAUUUAAUCUUUUUAUAUCAUCUGAGGAAAUGAAUAGAACAAUGGGAAUAUUAGCUGAAAUGAGAUAUGUAGAAAAUGGAAAAGUUAACCAAUAUUCAACAAAAUUUCCAUAUAGAUUAAAUGCUAAUAGUUCACAUAUAAAUUUAUCAUGGAGGUCUAAUAUAAAAACACAUCCUAUAUUUUAUUCUAUUAAAACAGUAUCAGAAGAUUAUAAUGUAUUUUCAAUUGUUCAUAUACCUCUUAAUGGUAUAUUACCAUUAAAGACAGAAAAAUUUGCCAUUGAACAUAGGUGUACUGGUAGUAGAGCUGGACAAUUUUUAAUACAAAUUCAUUUUAAUAUAUCAUGGCCAAGUACCAGAAAUACAACAUAUUUUGUAUUAAAACAAGAAAAAAUUUGUGAAUUAAAAAAUAUUCGUGGUGAUUAUAUUUCUCAGGAUUAUCAAUCAAAAAUAACUAAUAAUUUUCAUAAUACUUUUCCAACACAAAAACAAUUACUUAUAAUGUCACUUAUAAUAUCUGGAUUGAUAUUUAUAUGUGUUAUUAUUAUUAUAUGGGGUUGUAUUAAAAAAUCUCAUUAUACAAAAAGUUUCUUUGAUUCUGAUGAUGGGCAGACAAAAAGUUCACAUCUUCCUUUUAUUUCUGAAAAAUUAUCUGAUUUAAAUUCUGUUUCAUCUUGUGCACUUAUUCAUUCAACAAAUCCCGCAAUACAACAUUACCUAUUUCCUAAUACAUCAACUCCAAGAUCAUCAAUUGUUUUACCACAAUUCUCAAAUUUUUUUAAUAGUCCAACUUAUCCAAGAAAUGAUGGAGAGUUAAUCUAUGACAAUGAAGAUAGUAAUAUUGACAUACAAGCGGCAUUAAUAAAUCUACAUGUCGAUAAAAAUUUUAUUACACCGGCACCUUUUACUGAAAUUGAAGGCACAUUUGGAGAGGUAAGAUUUUAUUUAUGGCAAAAAUCUUUGGCAAAUUAUAAUGGUGAUGUUGAGGAUGAAGAAAAUUGUGAUGAUCCUGACAUGACAGCUGAAGAUAUGACUGUUUACGGCAAAACACUUAAAAAUAAUGCAGAUCAAAAACAAUUUGAAAAAUUUAUAUUACAGGCAUUGACAUUUUAUAAUGUUCCAUUUCAUCCUAAUUUGGCUAAAAUUAUUGGAGCUGCCAGUUAUACUGAUUUAAAAAUACAAAAUGGUAUAACUAUAAAUGAUUAUCCAACAAUACUAUAUAAACAUAAUGGUUUUGGUAAUUUAAAAAAAUUUUUAAUUCAAUGUAGAUCUAAGAUUAAUUCAAAUAAUCAUUAUAUUAAAGAUGACUCAACAUUUAGUAGAACAUCAACUGGAAAUUAUUAUAGUUAUAAUUCAUUAAGAACGCAUGAAUUAGUUUCAAUUGUAAGACAAGUUUUGAAAGCAGUAACUCAUUUACAUAGGCAUAAAGUUUUACAUAAAGAUAUUGGAACAAGAAAUUGUUUGGUAUAUGAGACAAAAUUUGGUAGUGAAGAUAGAUUAUGUGUACAAUUAUCAGAUGACUCACUUAGUAGAGAUCUUUUUCCAUCUGAUUAUUAUUGUUUAGCUGAUAAUGAUAAUCAAGCCAUCAAAUGGUUACCUCCAGAAAGUAUUGUAACAAAACAAUUUACCAGUGCAAGUGAUGUUUGGAUGGCUGGUGUUAUGAUGUGGGAAGUUAUGUCAUGUGUAAUUGAACCAUAUGAAGAUAUAGAACCUGAAGAUAUAUAUUCUUCAUUAAUUAGUGGUAUAAGAUUACCACAACCUGUUAAUUGUCCUGAUGAAAUGUAUAGUAUAAUGUUAUCAUGUUGGAAGGCAAAUAUAAAUGAUAGACCUUCAGCUAUGGAAACAUUAAAUAAAUUGGAUAAAUUUUCUUAUCAUUUAUCAAAAUAUAUAUAA